AUGACAAAGAUUCCUAAGAAAUUGGAGUGGCUCGUGAUCAUUUACGACAAACCAUUCAAUCGGAGAUUGGCAUUCCGUGCUGAGCAUCUCCGGAAGGUGCCCGAAAAGGUAAAGAGUGGCGUUAUCACCAGUUGCGGCCCAGUGUUUGAGGAUGAAACAAAAUCGCGGUUUUUGGGAUCCAGCUUCACCAUUCAAGCAGAAAGUCGGUCACAAGUAUUGAGCAUUCUCAAGGAGGAUAUCUAUGCCCAGGAAAAUGUGUGGGACUUUGACAAUGUGGUGAUUCACCCCUACUCGCCCUAUUACCGAAGCAGACAAGAUGUGCCCCAAUAG